AUGUCCGAUAUGAGUCCUUUCAUUGUUGCGGUAACCCUGGCCGCACUUGCGUUGCUCAUACAUUUUGUUCAUUCGUGGUUAUUACCCAAACCAAUAUCCGGCAUCCCACAUAACUCAAUAGCUAGUAUAUGGGGUGACAUUCCCUCCAUCACCAAAGCUAUAAAGGACAACAAGAAGACAUUUUCGGACUACGUGGCCGAUGUCGUCGCUGAACAUGGACCAAUAUUGCAGAUUCUGAUCGGUCGACAUCCUAUAGUGGUUAUUUCUGAUAGAAAGGAGAUGGAGAGAAUCCUUCUCGGUGGGAAGUGCACGGAUCAGUCCAAAAGAGCGAAUGAAAUCUUUGCAACGGUCGUCCCCACAGGGCAGGUUGCUCUUCCCACAAAUGAAACGUGGAAACGUCAUCGGCGUCUUACCGGUCCAAGCAUGAGCAGACGUUAUCUCGAACGCAUGUCUGGUCGUAUUGCCUCGGCAGCCAAUGACCUGGCCAGGCUAUGGGACGCCAAGAUUAGAGUUGUUGGCUCUGCUGCAUUUGACGCGGAUUCAGAUCUCCAGUUAGCUACGAUGGACGCUAUUGUGAACAUUACCAUGGGAUCUCCGCUCGGCUGUGUCGAGACUGCCUACAACGCAUUGUCGGCGGAAGUGAUCCAGUCGAAUGGUAUAGUUCAUCUUCCACAAUUCGACCUUCCUCCACUACACGAGGCUCUGAGAGCGAUGAUGGAAAGCAUCGAGAGGGCGAGCGGGUCUCCAUUCCCUAUGCUUUCAGCCAGGCUCUUUACUUACACGUCCCCCGUGUGGAGAAAGCAAUACAAGCUAUUGAACUCAUUUCUCUCUAACGCUAUUUCUCACUCUCGAGAACGGGAAGCGAUCUUAGGCAGCAAGGGCGAAGGACUAGUAACCGAUGCCGAUUGUGUACUGGAUAUGAUUAUCCAGCGGGAAGCUCGUGAGGGAGCCGAAGCGUUCGGUAAGGGAGAAAUGCUCGACGAAUUGAUGACAUAUGUGCUUGCCGGGCAGGACACGACAGCCGCUUCUUUGGGGUGGUUAGUCAAGUUUCUUCCUCAAGAUCCUGAAAUACAACUUCGACUUCACAAUGAAGUAUGCAAUGUGUUUGGUCCGGGGACUGAAUCAGACGAGUUCUUGGAUUUCAACUUGUUGGAUGACCAUAUACGAGUACCUAUUCUGGAAGCUGUGGUAGCAGAGACUCUAAGGUGUGCUAGUGUGGCAGCUAUCAUAUCUCGGGACCUUCUUCAGGACGAGGUUAUCUUGGGGAGGCACGUUCCAAAAGGAGCACAAUUGAUGUUUACUAUUAAAUUGAUGAGCCAAAGCGAGACCGAGUGGGGGCCAGAUGCGAAAGCGUGGCGACCUAGUCGAUGGUUGAACUCUGAUGGCACAUUCAACCGAUUGGCUGGGCCUAGCAUCCCAUUCGGUGCAGGGCAGAGGUCAUGCUUUGGACAAAGGCUUGCGAUUCUUCAGCUAAAGACAUACCUUGCCGUUAUAUCCAGGGCUUUCUUCUUCAAGCCUGUACUGCCCGAAGUAGAUGAUUGGGGAGUUGUUGAGGUAGUUACCAAUCGCCCCAGAAUGUGUUAUGUCUCUUUGGAGAGAUGGGAUUCAAAGAAUGGUUCUUAA